UGAACCCCAAGAACCCAAAGGAACCACCCAAAUCUUUCAGCUUUGACUACUCAUACUGGUCUCACACCUCACCAGACGACCCUUGCUUUGCGUCACAGAGCCUUGUGUACAAUGACAUUGGGGAGGAGAUGUUGCAGCAUGCUUUUGAGGGAUAUAAUGUCUGUAUUUUCGCCUAUGGCCAGACCGGAGCUGGCAAGUCCUACACCAUGAUGGGAAAGCAAGAGGAAGGACAGGAAGGCAUUAUUCCUCAGCUCUGUGAAGAACUCUUUGAGAAAAUCAAUGACAAUAGCAAUGAGGAGAUCUCGUACUCGGUGGAGGUGGCUUAUAUGGAGAUAUACUGUGAGCGGGUGAGGGACCUGCUAAACCCUAAGAAUAAAGGGAACCUGCGUGUCAGGGAACAUCCUCUACUUGGGCCGUAUGUUGAAGACCUCUCGAAACUGGCCGUCAUGUCUUACACAGACAUAGCUGACCUCAUGGAUGCUGGUAACAAAGCCAGAACUGUUGCCGCCACCAACAUGAAUGAGACAAGCAGCCGCUCUCACGCAGUCUUCACUAUUGUUUUCACGCAGAGGAAGUAUGACAGCGAGACAGACCUGUCCACAGAGAAGGUCAGCAAAAUCAGCCUGGUGGAUCUGGCAGGAAGUGAGCGUGCUGACUCAACAGGGGCCAAAGGAACCAGACUGAAGGAGGGAGCAAACAUCAAUAAAUCUCUAACUACACUAGGAAAGGUUAUUUCAGCGCUGGCUGAGGUGGAUAACUGUACCAGCAAGAGCAAGAAGAAAAAGAAGACCGACUUCAUUCCUUACCGAGACUCCGUGUUGACAUGGCUGCUCAGAGAGAAUUUAGGAGGAAACUCAAGGACAGCUAUGGUGGCCGCCCUGAGUCCUGCUGACAUUAACUAUGAUGAAACUCUCAGCACACUCAGAUAUGCAGACAGAGCCAAGCAAAUCAAAUGCAACGCUGUCAUCAACGAGGACCCCAACGCCAAAUUGGUGCGGGAGCUGAAGGACGAGGUGACGCGUCUAAAGGAGCUGCUCCAUGCCCAGGGGCUUGGGGACAUUCUGGACAUCAAGCCAAUGGGGGAUGAUUACCUUGGAAGUGGAAGCAAAUGUCACACUAUUAACGAUGUUAAAACAAUGAUCUAUCGGGCAAAAGACCUGAAAGAUAUACACAACAAUAAGCAUAGAUACUUGCUUGCCUCAGAGAACCAACGGCCUGGCCAUUUCUCCACAGCACCUAUGAGCUGCCUGACAGCCUCUCCAUCUUCAGGCUCUCUGUGCAGCCAGGCAGGGCUACAGUCCGUCUCAAGUAUCCAGGAGCGCAUCAUGUCCACGCCGGGCGGAGAAGAGGCCAUCGAGAGGCUGAAGGAGUCAGAGAAGAUCAUAGCCGAGCUGAAUGAGACCUGGGAGGAGAAGCUGAGGAAGACUGAGGCCAUCCGUAUGGAGAGAGAGGCACUGCUGGCAGAGAUGGGAGUGGCCAUACGGGAGGACGGGGGAACCCUGGGUGUCUUCUCUCCUAAAAAGAUUGGUCCUGAUAGACCAACGUCACUGUCUAUUGAGGACUUUAGUGUUUAUUCUUCUAAUCAGCUUUACGUUGAAAGGCCCUGUGAACUCUAUACUGACUUUAAUGGGGUGUUUUCACCCAAAAAGACCCCUCACCUGGUGAACCUGAAUGAGGAUCCUUUGAUGUCAGAGUGUCUGCUUUAUUAUAUCAAAGAUGGAAUAACGAGGGUGGGCCAAGCAGAUGCAGAAAGAAGACAGGAUAUUGUUCUAAGUGGAGCGCACAUCAAAGAGGAGCACUGUAUCUUCCGCAGUGAGAGGAAUGCCAACGGAGAUGUGAUUGUCAUGUUGGAGCCAUGUGAGGGAUCUGAAACAUAUGUGAACGGAAAACGUGUGACUUCUGCAGUCCAACUGCGCUCAGGUAACCGCAUUAUCAUGGGAAAGAACCAUGUGUUCCGGUUUAACCACCCUGAGCAGGCUCGCGCUGAGCGUGAGAAGACACCAUCAGCAGAGACCCCCGUAGAGCCAGUGGACUGGACCUUCGCCCAAAGAGAACUUCUGGAGAAACAGGGUAUCGACAUGAAGCAAGAGAUGGAGAAGAGGCUUACAGAAAUGGAGAUCCUGUACAAAAAAGAGAAGGAAGAAGCGGACCAGCUGCUUGAGCAACAGAGACUGGAUGGAGACUCUGAUAGUGGUGACGACUCUGAUAAGAGGUCGUGCGAGGAGAGCUGGAGACUCAUCACUUCACUUCGGGAGAAACUUCCUCCCAGCAAGCUCCAAACCAUAGUCAAAAAGUGUGGUUUACCCAGCAGCGGUAAAAGACGGGAGCCUGUCAAAAUGUACCAGAUCCCUCAGCGUCGUCGCCUUACAAAGGACUCCAAAUGGGUGACUAUCUCUGAUCUGAAGAUCCAGGCAGUCAAAGAAAUUUGCUACGAGGUGGCUCUGAACGAUUUCCAUCACACCCGUCAAGAGAUUGAGGCUCUGGCCAUAGUAAAAAUGAAAGAGCUUUGUGCCACCUACAACAAGAAAGACCCGAAUGAACGAGAUUCUUGGAGAGCGGUGGCUCGAGACGUCUGGGACACUGUAGGGGUUGGCGAUGAACGAAUCGAAGAUGUCAUAACCAACGGGCGAGGUAUAACUGACAUGGAUGACCUAAAAGUGCACAUUGACAAACUGGAAGACAUCCUGCAAGAGGUGAAAAAGCAGAACAACACGAAGGACGAAGAGAUUAUAGCUCUCCGGAAUAAGAUGUUGAAGAUGGAGCAAGUGAUUCCACUAAUUUCCAACGAGUCCCAGGAGAAAAACGCUCGCAGUGCACCCAUGAGGGCCCGCAGUUCCAGUGAGGGUAAAGCUCCUGAGGAGAAACCCAACGGUGAACAGUCGGAUGAGCAGGCGUCUAAGAUGAUGGAUGAUGAUUCUGCGUACCGACGUGGACAUAUGCGGUGGAUGCAACAAGAGCAGGUACGCCUCAAGAACCUCCAGCAACAGGAGAUUUCCAAGCAGCUCCGGAGGCAAAACGGACCUCACCGCUUCAUCCCACCUGAAGACCGCAAGCUGCGCUUCCCCUUCAAGAGUAACCCCAAACAUCGCAACUCCUGGACCCCUGGCACUCAUAUCAUCAUCACAGAUAAACAGGUGAUUGAGUUGAAAGUUCCCAAAGAAGCGGUCCAGGAAGAGGAAGACUGCAAAGGGGAGGCUGCAGAGCCCAGAGAACAAGUGGUGCCCAUCGUCCACACAUACCCUACUCUUCCUAGUCCCAUGGGUCAGCGUAGAAGCAAAGAUUUAGAGCAGGGCCAUAGACACAAUCAAAGCCACAAACUCCAUGAACGAGGCCGAAGUAACUCCUUCAACAGCAGUCAGCGAGCCUCUGACUCUACAGAAUCCCUCAAUUCUGGGAACAGGAAGCCCCCUCAUCCCCAACAGGCCUUUUACCAGCCACGCUACAACCAAAACCAGCAUCAUUAUCCACAACAACAGCAUCCAACUCAACAGCUCUACCAUUACAAUACUGAUGCCAUCAACAACUACCAGCAGUACCCACCCAAUCAGCAGCCGAGUCACCACAACAAUUUUUACACGCCACCCCGUAUGCGUAGGCAAAUGUCUUCCCCCAAUUUGAAGGGCAGUCGAGAAACCACAGUGUGACAUUGGAAGCAGGGCAUAGGUUCAUGUACAGAACUAGUUGACACUACAAAUCACACAUCACAGACUCAUCACAGCAUUGGACAGCUUGUCCCUAUCAAGUCAAACUGUUAUGUGACACUUGUUUUAAGCAAUUGAAUGUUCUUGUUGUCAUUUGUAGAUUCAAAUUGCAAUGAUCUGCCUGGAAAAUAUCACAUUAGCACCUUGCAUCAACAAUUUGAUCCUCAAUCCAUGCUAGUUAUGCAUAUGGGUAAAAAGGCUAGCAAUAAGUGUGUUGGUUAAAGGUGUCCAAACUACAAGAAGAUCUCAGAACAGUGUUCUUGAACCUUGAUUCAUAAAAUAAGCUUUUUUUUUUGCAAUAAAGUACUGGGAAAUAUGAGUUUUGAGAAAGACACCCUUUAGUUCUUGACUGUAGUAUUAACUUUUUUAAAACUUUAGUAUAUUUUUGAGAUGCCAUCAUGGAAUUGCGAAGUACUUUACACUGAUUUGCCUCAGUUUACCUUUGUUUUGCUGCUGGUCUUGACGGUCUGAAUCGAUCUAAGAAUUGAAUACAUAACCACUACACUGCAACAUUUCAUACUGUCCAGUGAGAGAACCUUGAACCAUUACUUGAAUUUUGAGUUUCUGAAUCUUCAAUUCAGUCAUAUUUGUGCAUUCAAGAUGCAUGGGUGAUAUGUCCAGUAAAUGCUGGAAGGUUAAUAGCCAAACUUUUAUAUUCUUGAAUGUUUCAAAACGCAUGUCGGAGAUGCAAAUGACAUUUUUACUGUUACAUUUUAUGCAAAUUGUUUUAUUUCAUGAAGUUUUGGGUCCUUGGGUUGGUAUUCCCCAUUAAAUAGUUUGAAUAUGAAAGGUGGCAGCAAAGGCCUUUCUCUAGCUGCCUUAUGUAGAUGAGUAAAGGAUUGUGAAGGAGUGUUUUAAAGUUUUUAAGUGCCUUAUUGACUCACUAAUGUGUCAUUAACAUUGCAUUUAUCUCCUUGUACUUGGCGCUUAAAAAUAAGUAAUAGCAAUAUAUGAAGAAAACAGAAUGAUUUUUACAGAAUUUGCUUCAGUCUUUUAAUGUGAAAGAUAAAGACACCACCACUAAAUUAGGCAAAAAGUUUCUUUUUCAUCAAAAUAACUGCCUCUUUUUUUAAAGUUUGGUUCUGCCUUAUUUUGAGUACAAACCACUCUGCACUAAACAUCCAUAUCCAAAGAGGCAAUGUUUUUUUGUGAAGCGCCGUAAAAGAACUGCUUCAAAGCGUGCUUUGCAUCUUUUGUUCCUCUAAACUGUCUGCUGCACUCUGAUCCUCAAUAGGGGGGACAGACUGUUCCCACGGGAUGGAGACAGCGUUCUAGAACACUUUUUUCCUAAAUCUUAACAUGAUUAGAAUUGCAUUUAUUGUCGGGUGUCCGCUGUGUGGCAAGCGAGCCCACAAAAAACACCAGAGACGUCUGAUGGAAAGGACCUCUAACAGGGCAGUUUCCAUGGUUUCCAAGGCUCAUUUUGAAAGUUGUAGCAUGUUUUUAGGGAAGGAAAAACCCUUAAAAGCCAAAUCAAAUUUGCUGGACAGGUAUAUACUGCGCUGCGUUUUAUUUUCUCCUUUAGUCUCACAUGAAUUCACAGCCUGUAUAAGUAAUGCCACUGAGUACUUGAUUAAAUUUACCACAGCUUUUUCCUUUUAACACCGUAAUUAUGUUCACGUAUGGUUAAUGUAGUUGUACAUCCUUACACUUAAGCCACUGUGAUUUCCCUGCUUAAGCCUUGAUAUAAUUAUACACUGGUGUGCCUCGGCACCCAAGUGUGACCCGUUACCAGCUGUGUAUUACCAAAGCACAUGUUCUGAAAUCCUCUUCAUGUCAUCUCCAUGGCUAAGUGUUAGCCAAAUAGGCCAAAAGUCCAUGCUUCAGCAUUGCUUCAUAUGAAUGAAGAACUUGAAUGCUUUUGUUGCCAGAAAUACUGCCUUAUUUCUAUUGAAACCCCUGGGUUUUGGUAUAGUAAUGCAUACGUGCAUAAAACACAAUUACUUUCCCUUCAAAAGGUAAAAUCAAGAAACCGGAUAAAUAAAGAAGCAGGACUAUAGUUUAAAGGUGAAAUGCGUAAUUUUUAUAAGUGGCUCAACCAGUGAUGUCAGUUUGGUGGCGGGGCUGUCUCUAUUUCUGUCGAAUGACAGAUUGGGGGAGUGUUCGAAAAACAGUCAUUAUCAUACCUGUCAACCCUCCUGUUUUUCCCGGGAUUCUCCCGUAUUUUACCAUUCUG